AUCCAAGGUGGCUCAGGGGCCUGGGCUACACGCCUGCCCGCCCGGUGGGCAGGGGCUCAAGGCCUCGGUGGGGUGGGCCCAGGGCCUGGGUGGGCUGCCGCCCCCGCCCACUUCCUGCAGCCGCGCCCCAGCACUUCAAAGGCCACUGGCGGCCCUGUGGUCACUCCCCAGCUCCCACGCAGCCGGAGGGGCGGGGCGCUCACGAACCCCUGGCCUCUGAGUCGGGCUCCAGCAGCUUCAAAGCAGCCGGGGUGGGCAGCCCUGCGGUCAGUGACACCCCCAGGGCAGGACGGGGGACCGGCAGGGGGGCUAAUGGGGCUCUCGCCUCUGCUUCUUCAUCCUCACCACCCCACUCCCUUCCUGGGUGGGCUCAGGGCAAAAGCAGACACUGUCCUGGCCCCCAGAUCCUGUCCUGCAGCAGGGGGCCACCUGGGGGUGGUGAUGCCUUCCUGUCUGUAGGAUGUGUGUGGGGUCCAGGUGGGGUCACCCUGGAGCGUGGACCCCAUUAGAGAAACCGUAGAAACCAAGAUGGAGCCACCCCUCCUGGACCCCUCAGGGCCCUGGACGGGGCGAGGCAAAGGCGCACGGGCUUCCCUGGCUCCGGGUCUCACCUCGUCUUUCCCUACGUUUUUUGCCCGAAGCCGGCACCCGCAUGUGGGGGCAGCAGGAGGGGGGAGGACAGAGGGAAGAAGGGCCUGCCUGUCCGCCCUGAAGUGGCCCUGCCCCCACCCGCCGCAGAGGUGGGCUGGACCGGCUGCAGUGGGGUUGACCUUGUGCCAGCUCCCCGGAGACCCGCAGUGUAAGAAAGGUGGGGGAGCUAGAGCCUCCCAGUCGCCGCCCAGAGUUCAGCAGACUCGGAGAACACAGAGUGCCUGUGAGCAAGGGGGUGGGGGAGGAAGCUUUCAGGGUCCCCUGGGGUCAGCUCUGGGACAGUUGCCGUUUUUAAUCUGUGCAAGAGACUUAGAAGGAGCCGCGAGGGCUGUAACCUAGAUCUGCUCAGAGAAAGCUUGGGAGGUGCGAGCGGUGGGGCCCAAGAACAGCCCCUCCCCCAGCCGUGAGCCCCGCAGGACAGAGGGGACCCUGGCCGUCUUAGCCCUGUCCUGCGGCCAGAGACCUGAGUUUACUGUGGCCCUCCCCACCCGAGGUCCGCGGUAGCCUUGCAUGGUCCUGCCUCGCUGGUGACUGGCUCCCCGCCCCCCCACCCCACCCCCAGCGUCCAGGGCCAUCCCACGCUCCUCGUCUGGGCGCCGAGGUCUUCGGGGACCAGAGUGUGGCUGCAGAACCCGGGACUCCCCCGAUUUAGGGUCAUGAAGGAGCCCCACUCAUGAGCCUGACGCCUGGGGCUAAGUGGAAACCAGCUUUCAGCCCACUCACCCCCGCAGGCGGGAAACCUGCGCCCAGGGAAGGCAGGCCUGGGGGUCUGGACCGCAGGCCGCGGGGACUCCUGGCAGCGCCCUCCGUGUCCCCACUCGGGACCCGGGCGGGCUCUUGGCAGCCAGUGCCACCCGGUCCUCGCCACCCUUCUGGCUCCUCCGGGCUCGAGGAAGGCUCCACUUUCCCCUCUUAGGGGUGCUGGGAGGGGCUACGCAGAAACGCCCUCCCUACCCCAAAACACGCGCCGCAGCCGUCCCGGAGGAGACUCGAGCCACAAGGCGGCGCGAGUGGGGCAACAAGGCGCUGGGGCGGGGACUCCAGGUCACCCCUCCAUCCUUUCAGGGCUGCGGUGUGAACUGCUCCUUCGGUGAAACCUUCCACCUUCCGCGCGGCCUCCACGACUUGGAGGAACCGGGAAAGGCAGCCUCUGUGCGCUCAGGGGACCCCGGCCCCCAGGUGAAGUCAGAGUUGCCUGGAAAGGCUUUUACCCGGAAACGCGGGCUCCGAUUCAGCGGCUGGCGACUAGCGGACUCUGUGCCAUGUCCAACGCUGAGCUGUGCCCUUUGCCCACCCCCAUCGCUGGUUUCCGGGGGGUCCUACGCUGGCAAGGCAAAACGCCGAGGUUCUGGAAUGCCCGAGACCCAACUUUGAGGCCAAGGCCAAAGGUCCGCAUCCUUUCCCUUCACCCCUCCCCCACAAGCCAGGGUGGCUGGCGGAGAUCCAGGCCAUAGUUUCUAUCUGGCCACUACCAAGCCGCUGGCGCUGGGUCCCACAGGUAAGGGGUCUCCAAGAGGCAGAGAGCGAAAAGCGGAAUGGAUUGCUCAAGUGGCGGAAGGGCUUCCGGUGCCGGCCUGGUCAGAGGGUCAGGCUCAGUGACCAUUCAUUAAACUCACGGCAAAACGAAAAGCACCAGCUCCCUCACAGGGCUCAGGGGCCGGCAACAACUUGUGGAAAAGCAGUGGCCCCAUCUGGCCUUAAAAACACAUAGCACUUUGAUUCCGGCAGGGACCCGGAAUCUGGUGUGUGGGCAAGAGCGCAGGGGGGCUCAUGGUAGCCACCAUGCCAGUGAUGAAACCACCUUUGUAGUCAAGACUGUGGUCAUGCAGGUAGGGAAGUAGAGACACGCCCAGCCAGGUCAGGAGUCCAGGUGGGUAUAGAACGCACAGCGAGCGUUUUUGUCCUGUCCCACUGGGUGCAGUUUGAAUAACAGAAUAAUUGCCAGCUCACCUUACAUCAAACCCUGCGCUGGGUGUCAGCGGUGGAAAGGACAAAGCUUGUUCUGAGGGGUGCCCAGCCAGGGGUGACACUGGGCCCCAGGGUACAGGAAUCCUCCCAAGUUCACGUAUGGGCCCCAGGGACCAUCCCAGGAGGGGCACGGAGGCCUGCACAACUCCAGGGGGCACGGGACUCUGCAGACAUGUGCACUGCCCAGGGGACUCAGCCCAGUGGAACUUGGCCCCCAGAGGACGGCCACAGGGCUCAACCCAACAGUGGGUGCAGCCUGAGGGCCCUGAGCGGGCCCUGCAGGGACGCAGGAACAGGGCCUGGCACCACCACUCCACACCAACCCCGCCAUCCUCAAGGGCGCUGUGUGAGUCUGAUUCCAGAUGUCCAGCAGCUGUCCUGGCCAUUUCCGCCCCCUCUGACCCUGCAUCCGCCAGGAAGCAUCUCCUCCUGUCCUCAGGCUCUGAGCCAGCCCCCACCUUCCCUGCACCCCACUUCCUGAGCAGAGGCGUUUGUGCAGACUCAGCUCCUCCUCCCAUGGGGUAGCUUCAGCCUUCCCAAGGCCCGGGCUCUGUUCCCAGAGCUCGGGGCUGCUAUGGUCGGCUCCAGCCGCCUGGCUGGCCAUCCCCUGCCAGGGGCUCUGAUCCUGGCCCCAGCCCUCCAGCCUCUGGGACUGGUUUUCUCUCUCUCCCUCCACUCCGGGCUCCAAGGUUGGCUCUCAGCUAGCUAGCAGCAUAAAUCAGGGCCUCUGCAGAGGUUGAGCAUAACUGGCCAGAGGGAGCAGGAAGGCUAGAGGUCACAGAGCCCAGCUGGCUCUGUGGGGUGGGGUGCACACUUAGAUGUCUGCCUGGAGACACAGGGGGCAAGGGAGGGGGUUGCCUCCUGGAACAGAACUGAUAACUGGGGACACAGCCCCACCUUUCCUGAGCAGAUGGGGGCACAAGAGGUCACUGCUGCUGCAGCUGGUCCAGUCUGGGGGGCCCUUCUGGAGAGGGGACACCAGGAGGGCUCCCUUCCUGUCACAUGCUCUCAACAGAGCUGGUGGUUCUGAGGCACUCAGGCUCCUAUAGGCUGGGGGAGGGGAGCUGUCAGGGGCCUGCCAGACCCAGGGUAAGGGCCCCAGGGGGCCAGCAGCUCUGGCCUGCUGACCUCUGCCCUCGGAAUCAGGUCUCUGGCUCGCUUCCUGCUCUCCCAGGGAAGCCAGGGGCAGGUGGGCCUGGCUGAAGGAAAGCAUCUAUUUCCAAGCACAAGUCUCUGAGCUGACCAAGCUGGGAGAUGGUCCCCAGGAGGCCGAGGCUCCCCCAAGCCCCAUCUUUCCCUGGGGAAUUAGAACAGAAUGUGGCAUGGCCCACAUCCUGUGUGGACAGCCAUCCAGAACACCCCCACUGCGUCUGCUGUUGGCGUCACCCCUCUAAUGUCACAAAAUAAGCCAGGAGCCUCUGGGUCUGCACUGCCCCUUUCCCGCUGGGUUCAGCAGCACCUGAGUUUAUGAAAGUGGCUCCUGGGACAGUAACCCCCAGGCCACUAAUCCCCACGGCAGUUCUAUCUGCCCAACCCAGGUGUGGAGCUUCGGAAACACAACUGAUAUCACUCCCUUGACAAGACACGUGUGCACACAUGCACACCAAUGUGCAUGUGUGCCCAUGAAGAGGUGUCCGAUUUCUCUCCAUAGAGUAGUGGUUCUCCAUCAUAAAUUAUUCCCCCCACUGCCCCUGCUGCCACUCAGGACCCAGUGAAGAGGGGAGGUGGUUGCAGGGCAGAGAACAGGAGCCCUUGUCCAGUGCACCCCCAGACACCCUCUUGGUCCCCAGAACCUGACCAAUGAGCAGGGCAGAGCAGCCCAGUCCUGGAUCACAGCUGGCUGGGGGGAGGGGUGCCAGGACAGAGUGGCCAGAUUUUGCAAAAAACAACCAAACGAACCCCCAAACAGGAUAUCUGACCAGUUUAAGUAUGUCCCAUGCAAUACUUAGGACAUACUUAUUCUCAAACUAUUUGUUCUCUAUUUGAAAUUCAAACUUAACUGGGUGUUCUGUAUUGUAUUAUAUCUGGAACUCCUGGGAGGAUAUUCAACUCUCCUAACCCACUCACUGCCACCUGCCCCCUCCUGCCCCCCAGUGCCUAAGGACAGUAAAUAUCCUCGGCUCUUCCCAAACGUGGUAGGGAAUGAGUGAGCCGGCAGUGCCCCUGACCCAGACACAUGGGGGAGCAGACAGGGCUGCUGGUCCUGGAAGCUGCCCCCCAGAAGGCUGGGGUCUCUGAGGCGGGCCUGCGUCCUGGGCUGCAAGGGUCCAGUUGGAGUUGACAAACUCCCUGUUGCAGGUGCAGCAACUGUUGACUGAUCCCCAAGUCCGGCUCUUCACUGGCUCCCCUUGGUGGCCUCUCACCCUGUCACCUUUGCCCUCAGGUGGACUGGCCCUCUCUGGUGCAGUAGAAAAAGGGGAACCCAUCAGAGGCCUCUAGAAAAGAGGAAGGUACAGCUUGUGGGUGGUUUCAGGGUGGGGAAUGCUUGCUCAGGGGCUGAAAAUGAGGAACACUGGCCAGGCAGGACCCACCUGGAGAAGGUCAUUGCCUCUGCUGGCGCCAGUGGAAAGAGGAUCCAGGACAGGCGGGGGUUUCCAGCCGGCACUUACCCCCUUUCCUGGGGAAGACGGUGUGGAGGGAUGGGGGCCCGCAGACCAGGAGAAAACAUCCUCAGGGCUCCCAGCCAGCCUCUGCCCCUCCCCAGGGUGGUACAGCCUGGGAUUCUCUGGGCUGCUCCCUUGCACUAGGAGGGCUGGGGGCACCUAGCAUAGCCCUGGGCAGGGAACCGCUACCCCCAGACUUGUCCUGGACAUGACUACGUAGUCUUUGCCAACUCCCACACAGCCUGAUCCCAGAGCUGCUUCUGCCUGCCCCAGCUCCCUUCCCAGCCGCACAGGGACCUCCAGAGGUUGGGGAGGGUCCCACAGCAAUCUUGGUUCAGGGCCAGGGGAAGCCCUGCAUUUUCCCCAGUGGGACCCCGGCCUCCACCCAGGAAGAGGUGAAGGCUGUCAAUUUCUGGCCUGUCUAUCCACCUUCAGUUUGAGGAGGAGAGUGGGCGGGUGCUGCUCAAGAUGUGAGUGGUACGGGGCCCAGGGAAGAUGCAGGCCAGGAGGCCCUGGGAGGGUGUGGCCGCCACAGUCCUAAGGCUGUGUCCCAGGGGCGGGGCACAACUUGAGGGCCUCCGUGCCCGGGAACCCUUUGUGUGCCCAUCACUGGGUGUUGCCUCUCCCCCAGCAACAGUGACUCAUAAAGCCAGCCCGCGGGGCAGAUGCCAAUACAUCCUCUGGGCCCUUGAAGGCCCAGGUCAUGAAGGCCAUUAAGACGAAGCCCUGAGGAGGCAUGACCCAAGACAGCCCUGCACCGGGCUGGGCCCGGGCCUCCCGCCUCGACCCCAGCCCAGGGACUGGGUGUUAGGGUUAGCGCGGAGCACCGGGUAGCUUCGACGCCCAUGUGUGUAGUCUGCUUUGUGAAGGCGCUGGUGCACGUGUUCAAGAUCUACCUGACCGCCAAUUACACCUACAACUUCCGCAGCUGGCCGGUGGACUUCCGCUGGGAUGACGUGCGCGCCACCGGAGGGGGCGGCAGCGCUUACAGCGCGCUAACGUGCGCAGCGGCCGCAGCCGGCGUGUGGCUGCUGCAGGGAGCUGCGCUGGGUGGGGGCGCGCCUGGGAGGCCAGUGCGCGGGGCACGCAGCCAGGCGCAGUGCCUCCUGCAGCAGAUCCGCGAGCUGCCAGUCCAGCUCGCCAGCUACGCACUGGCCCACUCCCUGGGCCGCUGGCUCGUGUACCCCGGCUCUAUGUUCCUGAUGACACGCGCGCUGCUGCCGCUGCUGCAGCAGGGCCAAGAGCGCCUCGUGGAGCGCUACCGCGGCCGGCGCGCCAAGCUGGUGGCCUGUGACGGCAACGAGAUUGACACCAUGUUCAUGGAUCGCCGCCAACACCCGGGCAGCAGCGGCCGCGGCCUGCACCUGGUCAUCUGCUGCGAAGGCAACGCUGGCUUCUACGAGAUGGGAUGCCUGUCGGCGCCGCUGGAAGCCGGCUACUCGGUGCUGGGCUGGAACCACCCCGGCUUCGGGGGCAGCACCGGAGCGCCCUUUCCUCAGCACGACGCCAACGCCAUGGACGUGGUGGUCAAGUAUGCGCUGCACCGUCUGCACUUCCCACCUGCGCACGUGAUGGUCUAUGGGUGGUCCAUUGGCGGCUUCACGGCCACGUGGGCCACCAUGACAUACCCAGAGCUGGGUGCGCUGGUCCUCGAUGCCACCUUUGACGACCUCGUGCCGCUAGCCGUGAAGGUCAUGCCCCACAGCUGGAAGGGACUGGUGGUGCGCACCGUGCGCGAGCACUUCAACCUCAAUGUAGCAGAGCAACUGUGCCGCUACCCGGGGCCGGUGCUGCUGCUCCGGCGCACGCAGGACGACGUGGUCAGCACCUCGGGCCACCUGCGCCCCCUGCCGUCCGGCGACGUGGAAGGCAACCGCGGCAACGAGUUGCUACUGCGCUUGUUGCAGCACCGCUACCCCGCUGUGAUGGCGCGUGAGGGCCUAGCCAUCGUGACCCGCUGGCUGCGCGCUGGCAGCCUGGCACAGGAGGCUGCUUUCUACGCGCGCUACCGCGUGGAAGACGAAUGGUGCCUGAAACUGCUGCGCUCCUACUGCGCCAGCUGCGAGGACGCGGAGGACGAGGAGGCCUGGGGACCACACGGACUCGCCUUCCCGUGGCUAGUGGGUCAGGGACUGAGCUCGCGGCGGCGCAGGCAGCUCGCGCUGUUUCUGGCGCGCAAGCACCUCAAGAACGUGGAGGCGACUCACUGCAGUCCGCUGGGGCCCGAGGACUUCCAAUUGCCCUGGAGGCUGUAGCCUGUUCCCUUGCGGCAGCUGGCCAGUUCUUAUAUUCGCACACCUACCGGGCCUCAGGUCCGUUCUCCUCCCCACACCCUGACCAGUACAGCUGGCCCCACCUGGGAAUCCUGACCUGGUAUCUGGGGGACAGGAGGGUGUUCCCCACUCCCUUCUUUCCCUUCCUCCCUCAAACACUUGUGGAUGUCCCAGUCUGCUCCCAACUCCUAAAUAGAAUGCAAAGAUUAAGCUGACCCAAUUAAUAGCAAUGCUGUGUACUUGGUGCCUCAAAAGGAUGGUGGGAGCCCUAGGAGGUGCCCUUCACCUGGUUUGAGUUACCAGAUGACUCUCAGAAGGAUAAUGUUAAAGGGUCUGUACAAGUCGCCCCUAACUGUAAAGGACAUUGGCAUUGGAGGUCUAUAGAGCAGGUCUUAGCAGUUGGACCAUCCUGGAGUGUGAUGUUGCUGCCCCGUAGGGUCCCCUUCCCACCUCCGCUCCUAGCUUCUACAGGAGGGGUGCACGGUGGGACCACAGUCUCAAAGGAACAGAUACACACCGUGGCAUGCCCAUCUAGGGCUUUGGACACACCUGCAUUGCCACUCACUGCCGAGCAUCCUCUUGAGCCAGACCUGGGCUGGGCUUCGUUCCUGGCUCAGGGAUGCAAUGCAGAGAGAGAGACAAGCCCUCUGCUCACCACUAUCUGUAAUGCAGUCGCUUUCUUGCCAUCUGCCCUGAAUUGCAUGAAGCAGGGACUGCUGGCUGUCCCUUGCCUCUGGGGACAAGGGCUGGCAAGGGUGGGUUGGGCAAGAAACUCCGGAAAAACUGAAAAAGGCAAGUGGGGCAGACAUAGGAGUAACUGACAGCACCAGCACAGGACACAGCCAUGAUGCACCUCGGCAAGUAAUAGCAGAGGCAGGUACUUAAUGUGACCAAAGUACCAGGAAGACACCUGUGGCGGAGGUGAACUUUGAGCUGAGACAGGAGGAGGAGUUAAGUCAGGUGAAGGAAGGUGCUUGCGUGCGGAGGGAUCACAGUGGCUUGGUUGGAAAUGGAGGAUACAGUCCCAGAAAGGUCAAAUACUAAAGAGUUUGAAUACCAUUUAUGGCUUAGCUUCCAGGGGCAAUUAGGAGACAAAGAAGGGAAGUUGUGGGACUUGUCUUAGCAGGACAGGUUGCCAGACGGGUUACACAUCUGUCCUACGUGAAGUUAGGUAAACUCUUGUUCCAGCGUCUGCCCCUCAACUAGCUGAGUGACCUUGGGCAACUUACUCUAACCUCAUUUUCCUCAUCUGUAAAGCGGGGAAGGCUCCACCUGGUUCACCCCAUGGCUGUGAAACGGAACUGCGAGAACACCUGGUGAAAGCUGCACAGGGCCGGGCCGCUUCCCAGCAGGCGUGCUCAUGCCCGUGUCAGCUGCGCGUGCAUGACGCCCGGUGCCCGCGCAGGGACCGAGACGCCUCCAACCAGGUGAGGGCAGCGGCGCCUGCAGUUGAAGAGGAUGGAUCGUGGUCACGUCUUUUUCUGCACAACCCUCAUACAACAACAAAAAAAAUCUCCGUCAACGGACGGCCUAAACAAGAAAAAAAA